AUGUCGUUUUCCUUCAAUCCUUUAGCUCCCGGGCUGCAUCCGAUGCAUCCACUUCUAUCGGGUGGAGGCGGUUUUCUUACAGCUCAACAAUUAGGAGCACCACCCACACCUGCCAAUGCUGCUCUUAUAGCUGGCAUAAACAAUAAACCUCUUGAGUUUAAAAUGAAACCGGUCCAAAAUGGUUCGGGUGCAGCCCCGAUGGAGCUGGAGACGGUAAACGAACACGAAACGAUCAAGGACAAUGGAAAUCCCUUGGUGGCGAUGGAAAAAGCUCGCGAGGAAAGCAUUAAUAAGAAGAUGCUAGAAGAGCUGCACAAGCAGCACCAAAAUCAGUUGCAGCAUGCUAACGGUGGUGAAUUAGUUUUCAACCAACUACUACAGCAACACCAGUCCCCACACCACGGAUUUAUGAUGAUGCCGGGUGUCAUGAACAUGGUGGACGGUUCAUCCCUUAUAAGCAUGCAACCAUUUCCGAUGAUGGCACCAAGUGCGGAACUAUCCGGUGCAUUAAAUGGAACCGCCAACACUGUCCCAUCUGUUACCGCAAAUGCCUCUGGUGCUUCUGCUACCGGUUCCACCAUCGUGGAGAAACCUGCAUCCGCCAAGGAAAUAAUCUACUGCAAAAGCUGCACCCUAUUUCCACCCAACCCGAACGCACCAACACCGAAAACAAUCGAACGUCCCCCCGGGUGUCGGACGGUGUUUGUCGGAGGACUUCCGACCGGCAUGACUGAAGAGGUAAUGAGAGAAAUUUUCGAACGGUGUGGCGAAAUUACCACGCUACGAUUAUCGAAGAAAAACUUUUGCCAUAUUCGGUACGUGUACGAGGCGUCCGUCGAUUCCGCCAUCUAUCUGUCUGGCUAUCGGGUGAAGAUUGGCAGCAACUUCAACUACGGUGGUGGUGGCACAGAAGCAAAAGAACCACCCAUCUUCGGGGUACUGCACGUAGACUACGCACAGGCCCGUGACGAUCAGUACGAGUACGAGUGUAAGCAGCGAAAGUUGCAGCGCGAAAAGCGACACCGAGAGCGGCUGGAGGAGGAUCGCUUUCGGUCACUUUCGCCACAACCCGUCGUGCACUACACGGAGCACGAAGCCGGUUCGGUGGCGGAACGGUUAAAGAACGACGAAACGUUCGCGAAAGCCGUACAGACGCUUGUGACCUGGCUAGAGCGGGGUGACUGCAGCAAAAAGAAUGCGAACAACUUCUACUCGAUGAUCCAGAGCACCAACUCGCACGUACGACGGUUGUUGAACGAGAAAAGCGUGUGCGACGAGGAGCUCAAGCGGGCCCGGGAACAGUACCGGCGGCAAACAAAGGGAAUGCUAGCACAGUUCAGUCAGAUUGAAAAAGUUUUCAAUGCGGCCAGUCACAAGAAGGUUUGGGAUCAUUUUACUAAAGCCCAAAGAAAAAACAUCGAUGCGUGGAAGAAGCAGUCACUGGACAUAAAGUGUGUUCAGCUGGAUGAUUACCCCGAUGAGGAUGGGAUGGAUAUGUCCGACGACGACCAUUCGGUUUCAUCGUUACCAUGCAAAAAGUCUCGCUGGGAGCAAGAUCAUAAAGAUCAUGCUGUCGACACGGAACGCGGCACUUCCGAUACGAUCGACCCUCAGGCAACGCACGACAGCGAGCUAAAGAUGAAAAUUCUGCACAUUGAGGUGCUGCAGGAAACGAUCCGCAACCUGCAGACCCAGCUGCUGGAAAAUAAAGCGAAAGAAACGGAAAGGCAAUCCCGCAUAUGCGAGCUAGAGGACGAGCUAAAGGAUGCAAACGUGAAGCAGCUGCUUCUAAAAACGAAAAUUGCCACCACGAAGGCGGCUGCGUCCUGUGCUGCGAGCAUUUCGUCAUCGGGCAAGGGUGGAGACUCGGAGAGUGAAGAGUGUGUCACAGUCAGUGUUGCACCGGAUACGGGCCCGUCUUUGAACGCGACUAAUCCGGCCGUCGAAAUGGUGUGCAAAGCAACGGCCACAACUGGAACUGGUUGUGAGAUGGUGGUUGGUGAACCGGCGUCCAUCGCACCGAACGAGCGGGAAGCCAAAAUACUUGCCUUUGCCUCAACGUUUCUUAUGAUCAACCCGCUCGGUGUGCCAUUGGAACAGAUCUGGGCGUACGUCGGCCAGUAUGUGCAUGAAAUGAAACCAAAGGAACUGGAAGAAACCUUCGCUCGGUAUCGGGAGCUUUUCGAACGGUGCAACUUACCGGUUAGUAGUAACGAUCAGUUGGGCGCGGUACAGAAACCCAGCCCAGGGAUCAAGUCUAGUCCUUGUUAUAGAUUUAUUGCCCACAAAUCACCCGUCAAGUAA